AUGUCUAAUCUUCUUGCAAUACCAUUCAAGAAGACCUAUGAAAUAGACAUCAAAGGCGCAGCUCGUAGCUACAUCUCGAACCACACAGACGGGGCUCAUCCAGACGAAUUCCGAGACGACAUAAAGUCCUGGCAAGACCUGAGGCGCGACGCUACCAGCACCAUCGUUCAUGUCAACCGUACAGACACUGCGCUGCUCUACCACGCCCAACUGGUCUCCAUACUCGCAAAGUUUCCCACUGAUAUCCACCUGGAAAUACCAUAUGCGACUAUCUUCGAUCCCGACAAUUCAAUUCCAGUUUCGUUGAACAAUUUGCUGUUUGAGCGCGCGGCCGUCGUGUUUAAUCUCGCGGCCCUGUUCUCUCAGUUGGCGAAUGCAGAGGACAGAUCUUCUCCAGAUGGAAUCAAACGGGCAGCUUCCUACUACCAGCAAGCAGCAGGAACACUGUCCUAUCUGCGAUCAGACAUUCUUCCCAAGUUGUCCUAUUCAGAAAGCGACGACAGACCCCCUGACCUUACAGAAGGCGUGGCCGCGGGCUUGGAAUAUUUAAUGCUAGCCCAAGCUCAGGAAUGCUCGUGGCAAAUGGCGAAACUCAAUCAUUACAAGAACGGCCUUGUCUCCAAGAUCGCCGCCAGGGUUGGAACACUGUAUGAUUCGGCGUUUACCACUUUGAACGAUGCUGCAAGAAGGCUCCUUCCCAAGGACUGGCUGGCCCAUGUUGAAGCAAAAAGCUAUCAUUUCAAAGCUGUUGCAGAAUUCCGGAAGAGCAUGGACGAAAUUGAGAAUGGAAACAAGUAUGGAUUCGAGUUAGCCAGACUUCAAAAUGCUCAAAUGCACGCUCAACAAGCGUAUGAUAUUGCCCGCCGUGGCAAAGUUGCAGCCCCUGUUCUUCAGGACGCGCAGUCUCUUAUGGAAAUCAUCCAAAAGAAUCUCAUUAGGGCACAACGCGAUAAUGACUUGAUCUACCACCAAGACGUCCCCACAGCCUCGGCGCUUCCUGCCAUUCCGGAAACAAAUCUCACCGCUUCAAAAACGCCACCAGGGCUGUUAAACCCAGAAAGCGUAUUUGGCACCAGGCGGCCUCUUUUUGAGGGGUUAGUCAGUUGGGGAGCGAGGGAAGCUAUCAAUAUUUAUAAUGACCGUAAAAAGAACCUCCUCAAAGAACAGAUUACCGAUGUGUCGCAAGAUCUUCAGAACACCGCCGAUAGGGAACUGCGGAUUUUGAAUCUUCCUGCUUCACUGGAGGCGCUGGAACGACCAAUUGGCCUCCCGCCCAGCCUACUACGAAAGGCCGAAGAAAUACGCCUUGAAGAUGGGCCUGAACGAGUAGAAGCGUCGCUGGAUAAUAUCGAGACCCUCGCUCAACGGGACCGCGCACUGCUGGAUGAGGCCAUGGACAUCUUGGACACUGAAGCAUCGGAAGAUGAAAGCACCCGCAAGGACUACCCUAUCAACCGACCUCCGUCACACGAAGCUAACAUCGAAUUAACCAGCAAAGGCGAACGAUACAGGCACCUCCUGGAUCAAGCUCGGGAGAGUGACGAGACCGUGCGUCGAAAGUGGUAUGAAUGGGAGGACCACAUUCAGCAGCUGACUCUCGACGAGGCCACAUUAGAGUCCCUUAUCCCAUCAACAACGGCAUCGAGCGUUAAUCAGGGCAGUCGAGAAGCUCGGGUAACGAGGCAGCAUGCUCGGGCUCUCAGAGUGAAAUUGGAAGAUCUCGACACCCUCCAUCGUGAUCGCGAGGAUCUGGUCCGAAGAGCUCGCACUUUGGCAGAAAUCGACGAUGUAAAGCCGAGAAUCAUGAAGGCUGCUGCUGGAUUCGAAAAGUUGGCGGUGGUGCAGCCUGCUAUGUUUGAGGACAUCUCGGACGAGGAACUUGCGAAGUACGACAAGUAUGUUCAAGAGUUGUCCGAGCUGGCGAAGCGGCAGGAACAUAUUCUUCAUGAGAUCAAGGUGGAGAACGAUUUAUUCCUUGGUUCGCGUAAGGAUGAUCCCGCGGUCAAAGAAAGGGAGCGUGCACUUCAAGCGCUGGAAUUGGCGUACCUGAAGUACAAGGAGAUUACGAAGAACUUGGAUGAAGGAAACAAGUUCUAUAAUAGCCUUGCGGAUAUGCUCAUCCAAUUCAGAGCCGUGUGCAAAGCAUGGGCGCAGCAAAGGAAUCAAGAACUGCACGCUUUGACUACAGGUUUCGAGAAUCUAUCGAUUAGCCAGGAGUCCGCUCGACAGCAACCCCCAGCACGUACACCAGGUGCCAAGAAACCACCAGUGGGCAAAUCAUCUUUAGGCUUGCCGGCACUGACUUCUGAAGAAUGGGGGUUCGAGGAUGUUCCCAUUCCUCCUGGACCCCCUUCACCAACUAAGAGUAAAAGAUGA